AUGAUUCUCGUCGUCGACGUCUUCAAUCAAAAGAUGACGUCACUUCUGAUUGCCACGUGCAUUCUGUUCACUUCUGUCUCCGGACAAGCCCCAUCCCCGCCCUACACAGUGUCUCCUUGGUCGUUGGCAGGUCCAAUUAGCAGUCUUCAUGGAACUUAUCAAAUGCGCAAGACCUCAAUCUCCGAACAUCCCCCAUCACUGGCAUCGGUUUGGCAACUUGGUGCAGCUGAUUUCAAUAUUGUCAUUUGGCCGCCAAAACAUUGUCAAGCCGUUCAAGUAUUCUUCAUCAAUAAGAAACACCUAGGAAUUGGAAAAUUCCACAUUGAGACGGAUAUGGUUAAAAACGCGUCGCUCACAUUCUAUCCACCGAUUCAAACACUUGAAGUGAUAACUGGACGAGGAGGAUCACCACAAAAAUAUUUCAAUCAAAGAAGCUCAAUUCCAUUCGUUCAUCAAGACGCAAGCAAGUUCAAAUUGGAAGUGACGUCUUCGGAAGUUCGAAAAGUCAAUGAUUACAAUGCGGCAACAGCGAAUCGAAUGACUGAAAUUGAAUUUGAUUUGUUGAACAAGGUAGCAUUGAUGGUGACAAACAGCAGAUUUUGUUUCGCCCAUAUCACAAAAGACGGGUCGGAAUCCAGCUACGAUGCUUUGUUUGAUCCGCAAGUGUACGACAAGUCGUCUGAUCAGCUACCGCAUGUUUUGACAAUUUCUAAUAAAAAAACGUCUAACGGAUACGUUUCGUCACUUUUCAAUCCAUUGCAAUCCAGUUGGACAACUGUUAAUGGCCAAGUGAGGAAAACUGUCGAUUUGCUACCGGUUCUCCAAAAGCCGGAAUUUCACGACAAAAACACUAUGAGACAAAAGUCGCACUGCAAUGGAUUCGUGUCGACUUCACGUAAUCCUCUCAAAAGAGCAUUAGGAGCGAUUACGGUCGAUUCGAUUCGUCUCUGGAUCACUGAUAAGGACAACACAAUGGAAAAGUAUGGAAAUAUGAAAUUGGACGAAACGAUUGACAUCUUUUUCAAUCAACAAUUCUUUGUUGGCCCAGAUAGUGAUGAGGCUCGUCCGUUGUCUGGAAACUCGACUCAAAUCGAUCGAAUCGCAAUCAGAAGACAUUGGGAUCGUCAGCAAUCUCAUGGAGUGGCUCAAAUGUCAUAUGGAAGAGAUGGCGGACAGAAUUUCCCGUAUAUUGAAUACUUCAAAAUGCCCUCUCUUUCUAAGCCAAAUAUUCGAAUCAACUUGAUCAAAGCGCACAGUUGUCAAGCUAAUAUCAUUACGAGUCCGCAAACCCGUUUGUCGUCUGCCAACAAACCAACACCAAACUUUUUCGAUUUUGUCAGCUGCGAACGUUUCCUGUUGAAAAACAAGAACAAGCAUGACAAGUCGAACGAAUAA